CUCUCUUUGAGCCUACUUGUUGCAGCAAGAUGGUUUCAGAAUCGUAUUCAUUCUUGAAAUUUCUGAGAUUGUUCAUUUAUUUAUCUUUUCCAACUCUUACAGAGUCAGUCUCUCCCUGAUCAUGAAGACUUUCGGAACCCCCAAAACAAUUUUUAAUCUUUACUGAAGACAAAGACAGGUUAAAUGAAAACAAUAAGUACAUACAUGAAUCUUUCCUGGAAUUUUCUCAAGUGAAGUCUAUAUAUGGAUUUACAUGACUUAUUGUCUUUAGUGGGGUAGAAAACUUGUGAGAUAUGUCGAUGGAAAUUCUUUCCCUGUUGCAGUUAGUGUUAACUGUUAUCUGCCUAAUGACAGGAGGAAUUGCUAGUGAUUGCAAUGCCCAGCUGGUGGAUUGCCUUGAAUCAGAUAGAGAAGCUCUUAUCGAGUUUAAGAGCGUUCUUAAUGAUCCUGAGAACCGGCUCUUAUCCUGGAAAGGGAGCAACUGUUGUCAAUGGCAUGGAAUAAUUUGUGACAACCAUUCUGGAGCGGUUAUUACAGUUGAUCUCCAUAAUCCACACCCAUCAAUCUUGGAUCCUUCAGGUGGGUAUGGUUUCUGGAACUUGAGUGGUGAGAUCAGUCCUUCUUUGACAAAACUCAAGUUCUUGAGACAUCUAGACUUGAGUUUCAACUCAUUUAACCACAUUCAGAUUCCUGACUUCCUUGAUUCCAUGGAGAAAUUGCAAUAUCUAAACCUAUCAAAUGCUGGGUUUAGCGGUGCAAUUCCUCCAACUCUGGGAAACAUCUCUAGUUUACAGUAUCUUGAUCUUGAUUCCUCUUCCAGUUUUCCUGUCUUAACUGCUCAUAAUCUUGAUUGGGUGACUGGUCUUACCUCACUGAAACAUCUCAAAAUGAGGGCGGUUAACCUAUCAAAGGUCAGUUCAGAAUGGAUAGUAGCUCUAAACAAGCUUCAAUUUUUGACUGAGUUGGAUUUAUCUGAUUGUGGGCUAUCUGGUUCCAUUGCAUCUCUUAGCUAUCUUAAUUUUACUUCACUUACUGUCAUGGACCUUAGUGGUAACCUCUUCAUAUCACACUUGCCAAGUUGGUUUGUGAAUAUCAGCAGGCUUGUAUCUCUUGACAUCAGCUUUAGUGGCUUGUAUGGAAGAAUUCCACUGGGUUUCGGUGAGCUACCGAAUUUUCAAAUUUUCCGACUAUCAAGUAAUGAUAAUCUUACAGCUAGUUGUUCUCAACUAUUCAGGGGAAGCUGGGAAAGAAUAGAAGUAAUUGAUCUUUUUCUGAACAAGUUACAUGGGAAACUUCCUGCUUCCUUUGGGAACAUGACAUCUCUCACCCACUUUGAUUUGUUUGCAAAUGGUGUAGAGGGUGGGAUACCAAGUUCCAUUGGUAGGCUUUGUAACUUACAGUACAUUGACUUGUCAGCUAAUAACCUGACAGGAAGCUUACCAGAAUUUCUUGAAGGAACAGAGAAUUGCCUUUCUGGAAGUACUUUGCCUAGUCUGCAACACUUGGACUGGAGCAACAAUCACCUUGUUGGAAUAUUGCCAAAAUGGCUUGGCCAGCUCUCAAAUCUUGGCAUACUCAAUCUGCUUUAUAACUCGCUUGAAGGUCCUAUCCCUGAUACUCUAGGAUCAUUGGGGAAUCUUACAGAACUCAGACUUGGAGGGAAUCGAUUGAACGGUACUCUACCUGCUAGUUUAGGACAGCUCUCAGAGCUGACUGUCUUUGAUGUAUCUAUCAAUAACUUGUGGGGUGUUGUCUCUGAGAAGCAUUUUUCGAAGUUAAGUAAAUUGGAGAUCUUGAUUUUGUCAGCCAACUCCUUCAUCUUGAAUGUCACUUUGGAUUGGUUCCCUCCAUUCCAGGUUUGGUUUCUUGACAUGGGUUCUUGUCAUUUGGGUCCUCAAUUUCCAGCUUGGCUUAUGACUCAAAAGAAACUCAACUUUCUUGACUUCUCAAAUGCUAGUAUUUCAGGUACCAUACCUGACUGGUUUUGGGAUAUUGCUGUGAAUCUAUCACUCUUGAAUGUUUCUUACAAUGAUUUGAAAGGUCGGUUGCCGAAUCCAUUGAAUGUAUCUCUCUCUGCAAAUGUUGAUAUGAGCUCCAACUCUUUUGAAGGUCCUGUACCUAUUCCAACUGUUUCACUCGGAGCACUGGUUCUUGCCAAUAACCAAUUUUCUGGUCUCAUCCCAGAAGAAGUUGGUAAAAUAAUGCCAAACUUGAUCUUCUUCUCUCUUUCUGGGAAUCAACUAACUGGUUCAAUCCCAGUCUCUAUAGGGGAAAUGUCGGUACUAGAAGUCCUUGACCUUUCAUAUAACAAUUUGACAGGGAGCAUUCUUCCAGAGAUAGGAAUUUGUCUGAACCUGAAGGUUAUAGACCUACAAAGCAAUAGUUUGUCAGGGGUCAUCCCUGAACAACUUGGUCAGCUAAAUUUGCUUCAAACACUGCAUCUAAGCAACAACAAACUCUCAGGAGAACUCCCAUCCGCUCUUCUGAAUUUGUCGAGUUUGGAGACUCUGGACCUUGGAAACAACAGAUUGAGGGGCCACAUUGCACCAUGGAUUGGAGGUGGUUUCACCAAGCUUAGAAUACUUAGCUUGAGGUCGAAUGCCUUUUACGGAGAACUACCAUCUUCUCUUUCGAAUUUGAGCUCACUUCAAGUGGUUGACCUAGCUGAAAAUGAGCUCAAUGGAACCAUUCCGGCUAGCUUUGGUGAUUUUAAAGCCAUGACUAGAGAGGAAAACAUAAACAGGUAUCUAUUUUAUGGAAUGUACAUGAUCCUCUACUAUAAAGAAAGCAUAGUUUUGUGUGUGAAAGAUCAGCCUCUGUUAUUUACCAAGACUCUUUCCCUGCUGACCAGCAUAGACCUUUCUGCAAAUAAUUUACAUGGAGAGCUACCAGAAGAAAUGACUAAAUUGGCAGGUCUGCUGGUUCUUAACUUGUCAAGAAACCAAAUCAGUGGCCAGAUUCCGCAAAGCAUUUCAGAGCUCCAUCAAUUGUCAUCACUUGACCUCUCAAACAACAGACUCUCAGGUGCUAUUCCUUCAAGCAUGUCCUCGUUAUCUUAUCUGGGUUCCUUGAAUCUAUCGAACAACAAUCUGUCUGGGGAAAUUCCUUAUGCAGGACAUAUGACAACUUAUGAGGCUUCCUCUUUUGGUGGAAACCUGGGACUCUGUGGUUCUCCUCUCGGUGUAAAAUGCCCUGGCGAUGACUCUUAUCAUGGAGAAACUGCUAAAGAUGACGGCAACGACGACGACACUGUUGACAAAUGGUUUUACUUGAGUAUUGGGUUGGGAUUUGCUGCAGGUAUACUGGUUCCUUAUUUUGUGUUGGUUAUCAAAAGGCCUUGGAGUAAUGCAUACUUCAAUUUGGUGGAUAAGAUUGCUGACAGAAUAGCAUAUUGGAGAUUAAGAUACACAAGUUAUUAAGAGUAAUAAUUCCAUCUUUGUGUGGGGAUCAUGGUAUUGAGUUUUCUGGAUAUUUUUUACAACAUUUGUUUUAUACAUCAUCUGUAUAUGGCGGGCUACACCUUUUUGUAUUGAGGUAUUGUAAGAAUCAUGAAGCAGAUAUCAGCAUAGUUUUGGGUUUUUAGUCAUAUUCACUAUCCAUUUUUGUACUAGAGGCUUAGAGCAAGCUAUUUCAGGGGCUCUUGUUGUCAUAUCC